UGGUUCGGCGUGGGUCUGGCGGUGCUCGGCGCCCUCGGGGCGGAGGAGCCGCUGCCCGCGCGUAUCUGGCUGCAGCUCCGCGGCGCGCAGGAGGCGGUGCACAGCGCCAAGGAGUAUAUCAAAGGAAUUUGUGAGCCUGAACUGGAGGAGAGAGAAUGCUACCCCACGGCCAUGCACUGCAUUUUUGUAGGAGCACAGAGUCUGUUUUUGAAGAGCCUAAUUCAGGAUACUUGUGCUGACCUCUGCGUUUUAGACUUCGGGCUUCUUGGCAUCAGAGGAAGUGCUGAGGCUGUGGUCAUGGCCAGGAGUCAUAUUCAGCAGUUUGUAAAGCUCUUCGAGAAUAAUGAGAACCUGCCCAGCAGUCAGAAGGAGUCAGAAAUCAAACGGGAAUUCCGACAGUUUGUUGAAGCUCAUGCCGACAAUUAUACAAUGGAUUUGUUGAUUUUGCCCACUUCCUUGAAAAAAGAACUACUGAGUCUCACACAAGGUGAAGAGAAUCUGUUUGAAGCAGAAGAUGAUGAUGUCAUUAAAAUUGGAGGUAUUCACCCUCCAGAGUUGACGCAGAAUGCUGCCACAGGACCAAGUAUUGCUAGAGAGGAAAGUGUUUUACAAGAAGAGUCCAGAAAUAAAACUAGGACCCCUGUUUCUGAGCUCACAAAACAAAUGGAUGCAGUCUUUUCUAGCUCCACAGAUGUGCUCUUUGCCCCAGUAAAUGGUCUAAAUCUAGAUGAAGAUACACUUUCCACGGACAGAGUUUGUCACAAGAGGAGGUCUUCUGAUACAGAAGAAAGGCACACCAAGAAGCAGUUUUCCUUGGAGAAUGUUGUAGAAGGGGAGCUUCUACAUGAUGGCAAGGCCUCAGAUGGAAAUGAAGUCCUUGACCCGUGUGACACUGCUGCUUCCAACUCUACAAAUCUAAGCCCCGAUGGGAAAGACACCACGGAAGAAAUGGAGUACAGCAUCCUUGUAAACUUCUUCAGAACCAUGGGCUACUCGCAAGAGAUUGUCGAGAAGGUCAUCAAGGAGUACGGGCCUUCUACAGAGCCCUUACUGCUCUUGGAGGAGAUUGAAAAAGAGAAUAAAAGACUCCAAGGAGACAGAGCGUUUGCACCUUGCACUGUGUGUCCAGAUGCCACUCAGAGCAGAAGUGCAGGUGUUGGGAGCAGCAUGAAUGAGCUCACAGCAGUUUCUACUCCAAAGAACAUACAGAGUCACGCAGAGCAAAACAUGGUGGAAAAAUUUUCCCAGUUACCGUUCAAAGACUCUAAACCAUGUACCUCAAAUUGCAGAGUUAAUUCUUUCAGAACAGGGCCAGUAGGACAGAAACACGAAAUGUGGGGCUCAAACCAGAACUACAGUUGUAAUGUAGACCUUGAGACCGAUGGCCUCUCACCCUCUGUUGCCUCUUCCAGUCCUAAAGAAGUCAGCUUCAUUUCGAGGGGAGCCACAGGUCACCACCAGAGAAGCCCAGCUGUCCCUGAAAAUGGCUUUCAACAGCAAGCGGAAUCCUUGGCUCCCAGUAAUGCGAAGGCUGCCUGUGAGAAACGUUCUGGCUGCUGUAGCUCUCCUCAGCCUAAGCCACACUAUUCCCCUCCACCGCUGCCCCAGCUGUUACCUUCAGCUACCGAUGCACGAUUGGCUGGAACCUCUGAGCUUAUGGAUUCCUCAGUCACGGGGGUUCAGAGAUUUCGAGAUACCCUGAAAACACCGUACAAGCUGGAAUUAAAAAAUGAACCAGGGAAAGCUGAUUUGAAGCAUAUUGUUAUAGAUGGGAGUAAUGUUGCAAUUACGUAAGUCUACUCUGUUCUUACCUAGUUCCCUUCAGCAGCAUCUGAGAGCUGUGUGCGAGUGUGUGUGUGUGUGUGUGUGUGCGCGCGCACGUGCGCGUUCAGGACUGCAUUCUGUUCUAGUGGAUCUGGAGCCUUCGGGAGCCAGGGAAGGACCAGCUGCUUGGGAAGAGUUUUUG